AAGAAAAACAUACUCUGCGGACGUGCUCCGCUAAACAGCUGAUUGGACGCAGCAGUCCUCUGUCAGAGCAGCGGCACAACCAAACAAACUGUGUAAACAAACUGUGCAGCAAUGAACGAUCCCAACCGAAAAAUAGAGAUUGAUAAAUCUUCCCUUCUCAGUUUGAAGGCGGAACUGCUGCGCAAACAGGAAGAGGUGGGCAGAGCAAAGGCGUCAACUUCGAUAGACGAUUUCGUGCCGAAGAAAGUCCCCAGACCGGAGAAAGAUGUAUCGGCGAAGCGAAAGGAACGCCGGGAAAAGAAGGAUAGUUCGCAGCCGGUGGUCAUAGAGCUGGAAGAUUCGGCACAGCUCGCCCGGUCGAAACAAAUGCUGGUGGCAAAAGCGAAAUACUACGACCGAAUGGUUGCAGCCGGCGGUUCGCUAAACAGCGACGAAAACAGUCUCGUUAUGUUUAACAAAAAGAAGCAGGAUACCAAACCGGUGUACAGCUCCUCCGAACAUUCGGCCGAAGAGAGCAGCACCGACUCGGAAUCGUCGGACUCGGACAGUGAAGGUGUGGAAGACGGAGACAAAUGGGUUGAGUACACCGAUUGCUUAGGACGCACGAGAAAGUGUCUCAAGAAGGACUUGAAAGAGUGUUUGGCUCGUGAUAAGGAGCUGGCUAAAUCGAUGGCACCGCGCGAAGGACAACGCAGAGAGGAUUUGCAAGGUGCUUCUAGUGUGCAUACCGUACCACCAGCGAGAGAGACGCUGCCUAGUACCAGCACGGAUGCACAAGAAGAGGAAGACGAGGACGGGGAAAUGGUCGGUCCAAUGCCUCCUGCGGUGAGUCGAACUGACGAUACAGAUCUGGGUGAACGGUUCCUGGAGAUGAAAGAGCAGUGGGCACAGCAGGAAGAAGCUAAUCUGGAGAAGGGUUCCAUACACUACCAGGACGUGCUGUUUAAUGAGGCAAGAUUACACGGCGUUGGGUACUAUGCAUUCUCCACCGACCAGGAGGAACGCAACCGACAGCGGGACGAGCUGGAUUCAAUACGCGAAACAACGAUGGAAGCGCAGAAGGAGCGCGAAGCACUGCGGCAGGCACGCGACAAGCUCAUCGCCGACAGGGUAAAGGCAGCCCGGGCACGACAGCGAGCACGCCAAGGUUUACCGCCCGAGGAGGACGACGACACUAGCAAGCAACAACAGACCGAAGCAUCCGAUCAGCUGUACGAUCCGGUGGAGGAACGACGUAAACGCAAGGCGGAGGAAAAGCAGCGCAAGCGAAAGGAAAAGGAAGAACGCCGCAGGGAGCGUGAACGGGCGGACCAUGUACGGCCGUGGGACGAGGGCAAGGAGCAGAAUCCCGACGAUAAGGAGUGGGUUCCGGCGAAGGAGAAAUUCAUUCUAUCCCAGCACGAAUGGAACGAUCUAAAGCGAAGCGAACGGAUUGCCGAAUUCGCACCACCACCCGUCGAAACGGCCAGUACGGCACGGUCCCGGAGUUGGACACAAAAGCCACGUGCGAAUAGUCGUGGUCCGUCCCCCGAAAGCGAAUCGGAAUCGUCCGAUAGUGGUGAGGAGGUCGUCGUCGGUCCAAUGCCUCUAAUGACCGAUCCCUCCCAAGCAGGAGCGCUCGAGGACAUUCCGCUUCCGGAGGAGAUGGAUGAGGAACCGUCCAAAGGGUCGCUCUUUUUCACCACAAAAAAGAACCCUCCCAAAAAGGAGCUCAAGCGCCGGAAUCUAAACGCGGUCGAAAUGUCAACACCCACCAAGAUGGCUGCUCCCGUGCCCAUUAGAAAUGAGCUAAGUGACGGGGAAGCUGAUGAGGAAGUAGCCGUGUUGCCGCCGAGGAAAGGUGCUGAGAUAGAGCCACCGGCGACGUACGAUUACUACGGACCGUCGGAUGCUGCGCGUCGCAGUCGUCCUGCAGCAGGCCAAACGGUCGCCCCGGAAAAUAGAACAAACCUGGAGGCAUCGAUUGAGGCGGGGUUGAAAUUCUUAAGAAACCAAUCGGACAAAUCAGGUGGCCCGGGGACCAAAAAUCGCUGGACAUCAAAUGCAGAUUAUUAAGUAAGAUAAAUGGUUUUGACCGGAACAAACAGGGUUUUGCUUGAAUUUAAUCACAAAUUGCACAGAAA